GCUGCUGCUCAUCAUCUCUCCCAUACAGGACGCAAAUCUCCUGGCCAUUUCUUUUCCUAGCGUCUCAACAGGAAGAUUCCGCCAGGGGGAAAAAAGGAAACUCAUCAUCGCAAUCGAGACUCACUUUUGUAUAAAUCAACUUUAAAUCGGAGGAGAUUUCAAUGGCGAUAAAGAGAGGGGGACACUGGGAGCAAUGAUCGAUUGACAAAGCUGCUGGACAGUGCGGUUUUUUAUCCACCGGUCAUUUACGGGACGUUGGUCACAAACAAACACAACGGCCAGACAUUCUGUUGUUUUUCUCUCAACUCACAACAUUCAGGGGUAAUAAAAAAACAAAAAGAAAAACAUUUACUAAUACGGACCAGCCAUCUGGCCAAAAAGACUGGGCGGUUUUGCGGUCUGAAAUAGACGAAAAAUUUGGUUUGUGGUUGGUGGGAUAUGACGUCUGUGCACACCGGCAACUGGGGGGACGUCUGUCUUUGCAUCAUCACAACCGGCGUGAAAAUAUCACGAUCAGAACUUUUUCAGGUUUGUUCAGGAAGUAACAUUAUUCUCAUUUUAUUUAAUUCACAAGGAAAUAAUUCAAAAGAAAAUUUGUUUGUUACAUUUUAAUAUUACUACUGGAAAAGAGUUGAAUACGCUCGACGUUUUAUUACAUGUUCUCCCUAUUUUCUUACGGUGACAGCCUUUUUGAAUUGAUAGCCAUCGUAAUCAUCAUCGUAACGAGAAAGCCUUUAGUUUUUUAUCUUUUUAAACACGUGGAAAUACACACAGACAUGUUCUGGGUCCUUUUUUUUUCUGUCUGUUGCGUGUCGGAUAAAAAAGAAAACGGCGAUCGAAUGGCGUUCGGGUUCCUGGCACGACGACGGCCGCACUAGGAUCCAUUUAUACGCAACUGGAGCUGACAGCUGGGGGGGUCCAAGCGACAAGAGAGAGAAAUACGGUGUGUGUACUCUACAACCGUCAGGUGUUUGUAGAAAAAAAAUAAAAAAAAAAUAAAAAUGGAGAAGUUGGUAAUCGUGAAAAUGGCAUCUAUUUCUAGCCCGUCUAGGAAAUGUUUGUUAGUCAAAUUAUCCGUGAAUGUGUGUAUUGUGUGUGAGGUGCGUUUCUAGUCUAGCCGGACUGCAAGGUAUUGUGUAUCUCUCUCACUCGCUUAAUGGUCGGAAAAAAAGCUCCGGAUCCAUCAAUAACAAGGUAGGCCUAUUAUAUGCACUUGAAAAGGGAACUAGAGGGGGGGGAGAACUGGGUGGGUGAGGGCCUCCACCAGGUUUUCCAGUUGCCAUCCGCUUCGCAACUGCUGCCGAUGGAAACCAAGACACACAGAAAAAUGUGCGUACGCGGGACAAGGGGAGAGAGAGAGAGAAAAAGAGUAAAAAUAUUGGGAGAUAAACAAAACUAAAAGUAGAAAAAAAAGAGAAGGAUGACAUGUCUGUCUCUCCCCCCUCUCACGAAAAAUAUCAAAAGGCAGUUGCGGCCAAGCUGAUGGGAAAGCCACCACUUGCACCAACAUCACACGACCAGCUUCAUUAACUCGCCCAAUCGAUUCAUUUUCGUCGUGGGGGUCUCUCUGCCAGUGAGAAAGAGUCUAUAAAAGGACCCCUUAUUUUACAAACAAACUAUUUUAUCUUUUAUCGAGUGGCCUGAACUAAAUUAAUGUCCCAUCGGCGAUUUCCAAAUUCCGCCGAAAAUGUGGAUAGACAAAAAUAAAUAUGUUGGAUAACGCUGAAAUCACCUGGAGCUACAUAGAAAAUAGGGAGGAGUCGUUUAUAUAUUUUCCUCAAGACAAAACAAGAAGAAGAAGAAGGAGCCAAAAAAUGUUAGUAGCCCCUCUUCCGGAACCCCAGCGCACUGUGGGAUAUAUACAUAGACACGGGAGGGAUACUGCCGUGGGGUCCCUCCUGGCCCAAGUCCGGCUCUAACUAGCUAACGGCCUGAUAAGGUGGGAAGCUCAUCCCAGCCCCAAAAAAAAGAGAACCAGAAAAUAAAAAGGCCACACCCACGUCGAAGCGGAUGGAACCAAUGGUUCAAAAGAGCGGAGGCGGAUCUUGUCCCGGCAGCCAAUUGGUCGCCGGCCCCACAACCCAGUCAAGCUCCCCAUCAGUGGGCGUGUCGGUCCGCUUGGCUUACCCUCUCUACUAUCGCCCGUGUGUGUGUGGGGUAAAAAAGUGGGCCGUCCCAUCGCGUCCGGCGGUUUUCUUGGGUGGGCAGGGCCUCCGUCCCUGCCUCCGCCCGGCAGUAAAGUCUUUAGGUAGUAGUCUCCAGUCUGGUUCUCUUCUAGCGCCAGUUGUGUGUGUUGUGUCAAUCAAUAACACAGUCAAGAGACGGCCGGAUUGAGGCACAGAAUAGACGGCUUUCAAACCGUUCAGACCUCUCUUGUGUUGGCUCUCCAUCUCUCUCUUUUCACUCUCUCUCCCCAUCUCUCUUUUACCUCCCUUUUCUCUACCACCCUCCAUACAAGAAAAGAAGAAAAAAAGAAAAGAAAAACUCUUUGAGAUUCUUUUACUAGUGGUGGCCAAGGAGACAAGACGACACCCUCAUAUCGGACAACACAGUUGAACCCCGAUCUUUUUUCAACAUCGUCGUUUUGUGUGUGAGUGUGCUGUGUGCAAAGUGCGCUCCUCUUAUUGAUUCAUCACACAAAUCAAAGUGACCUGUGCUAUGCCGUGGUAGUGUGGAGAAGAGAAAAACUCAUCAACCGACUGAUCUGCCAACAACCAAAAGUGUCGCAAAACAUUUGAGAGCGAAAUUUGAAAAACCCCAAAAAAACAAUUUGCCCAGUCAAGACACAAAAUGUUGACCAUGGAUGGUGAAAUGAAGGGACUUGGAGGUCAUCCGGGUCACCUUCACCAGCAGCACGGGCUGGGAUCGCCGUCGUCGGCCGGACAGACUUCCCUGUCGUCGCAUCACUUGUCCGUCUCGUCCAGUCACGCCCUGUCGCCGCCCAUGACGCCUCAGCAUCUCCAGCAGCAGCAACAGCAGCAACAACAACAGCAACAGCAGCAGCAGCAACAACAGUACCAGCAACAGUACCAAAUGUCGGCCCACGGGCUGCAUUUGGGACUGUCUGCCCAGCACGCGGCGGCCAUGGCGGCUGCCGCCGCCGCCGCAGCGGCUCACCACCAGCACGCGGCCAACGCGCUCAGCUCGUCGGGCUCUUCAGCCUCGUCACAGUCGUUGCAUCACCAGCCGGGGCCGGGCUCGGGCCAAGGCUCGACGGCCUCGUCGGCCGCCUCAGCCAAAAACAACAACCUGGACAGGGUCAAGCGGCCGAUGAACGCGUUCAUGGUCUGGUCCCGCGGUCAGCGACGCAAAAUGGCCCAGGAAAACCCCAAAAUGCACAACUCUGAAAUCAGCAAGCGGCUGGGCGCAGAGUGGAAACUCUUGUCCGAGGCGGAAAAGAGGCCGUUCAUCGACGAAGCCAAGCGACUUAGGGCCGUCCACAUGAAGGAGCACCCAGACUACAAAUACCGACCCCGACGCAAGACCAAGACUCUGCUCAAAAAGGACAAAUACCCGGGAAUGAGCGGCGGUGGAGGACCAGGAGCGGCGGGCGGACAAGGCGGCCUGAUCCAGCAGCAGUCAUCCGGCGGUGGCGGACAGAGCGGCGGGCACCACGCCCAGGAGCACCAACACAGCGGCAAUCACCAGCGCGGCGGCGGACACAACAUGAACAACAAUUCCGUCGUGCUGGGCGGUCAACAGUCGGGACUGCAGCAGAGCCAGCAGGGCGGCGGCGGCGGAGGCGGCCUACAUUCGCACCACAGCAGUCAGCGCGAGGCGGCCAUGUACCACCACCACCACCAGCACCACAUGGCCACCAACGGGUACAUGCCAAACGGCUACAGCAUGAUGCACGACCCAAACUACGGCCAGCACUACAUGGCGGCGGCGGCGGCCGGACUCUACGGCCCACGCUACGACAUGAACCCACAAGCCGGCGGAGUGGCGGGCGGCGGAAGCGCUUCACCCAUGUCCUCCUACAUGAACGGAGCGGCAGCAAACUACGGAGCCAUGUACGCCGGAACGGGCGGCGCCGGAUCGCCCUACUCGAUGCAAUCGUCUCAAAUGGGCAGCAGCGGAGGCGGACAGGCCGGAAUCGGCAGCGUCGGAUCCACCGGAUCCUCCCACAGCCCCAACAGCGUCAAAUCGGAAACGCCGACGCCUCAGCAGCAACAGCAGCAGCAGAUAUCCAUCAAGCGCGAGUACGUCCAGCAGCAGCAGCCGUCGGCCGGCGGAGCAAACGCCGCCGAUCUCCGCCACAUGAUUUCCAUGUACUUGCCGGGCGACGCCUCGUCCGGAAUCAUGGAUCCCACAUGCGGCGGACGACUUCAGCCCAUUCCGGGCCUACAGGGUCACCCAGGGUAUCACCAUUCCGGAUCGCCCGAUCCCAUGUCUGCCGCAGCCGCAGCAGCAGCCGCAGCAGCAGCCGCCGCAGCCGCCGGAAUGACCAUGGCUCACAUGUAAAAUCAUACACACACAAACACAUCCCCCCUCCUCCUCCACACUAAUAACAAGAUUUAAAAAAACCAUCCAUCGUCAAAAAAGAGCCUAUUAUAAUUAUAGAAAAAAGAGAGAGAAAUAAUAAUAGAAAAGAAAAAAGGAGAGACACGGACAACUACAUAUCCGCGCAACCAGUUCGGGCGUUCAAAUCGCCCGCCAACCUUUUUUCUUUAAAUUAUUUUAAUCAUAUUUUUAUUUUGUAUGUUUUUCUUUUCCGGAUUAUUUCAAUCUCUCUCUCUCAAUCUCCGGGUCCUCCCUCACCUCACAUUUAGACGUGAUGAUGUUUUUUUUUUCAAUCAAUUCUAAUUGAAUUAUCGUUUUUGAUUUUGUAUCGUAAUCAUUUUUGCCGGGGUUGAAACAAAGAGAGUUUGAUGAAGAGAUAUCAAACGCGAAAUUUCAAUCGAGUUUUUAAAUGGAGGAAAGCCGAGACAUUCGUAUACAUAACACAAAUUUUUUGAUAUCAUCAUCUCUGAUCCUACAUAUAAAAAUCAUUUUUUGUUUAGUAUUGUCGAAAAGGGAAUGAAAAACAAAGAAACAUUGACGUUUUUUUUUCAUUUCAAAUACUUCUAACCAUACUUUUUUGACUACGUAUUUGUUUCAUUUCUCUCUCCCCCCUCCCCUUUUUGACUUAUCACACGCAAAUUCGUUUUCUUUCUCUCAAUUCAUUUCCUGCCCCCCCCCGCCCCGCUCCCCAGUUUUUGAACGUUGUACAGAUUGUUUGCCCACUUUGAUUAUUACAAUUAUUAUCAUUAUUAAAAAAACAAAUUCGACAAGAAAUUAUAUCGAAAUCGCAUCUUGCGCGAUACAAUUAUAUAUAUCACCUGGAGUGAAAAACAACUAAAACACACACAAAAAAAGAAAAAGAUCCGACCGAGUCAAUUCCAAUCGAAAAAAUCUCGACGGUUAAAAAAGAAAAAAAAAAUUUAAAAACAAAAUCCAAUUCAAUCAUUCUUAUCAUCUCGAAAGAGUGUGAUUCAACAUUAUUGUCACUCUUAUAUAUACAUACAUAAAAGACACACAAAAGUAUAUCAACUUGAUUAACUCUUGAACGAUUUCUGAUGAUCAAAAAUAAAAUUGAUCAGCGAUUGUCUCGCCAAUGUGUUAAUUUCUUCUUCGUGUGUCCUCUUCGUGUCAAAUAACGUGCGUUUCUUUGUUCCGAUUUUUACGUGGCUUUGUCUCUCUUUCUCUCUCUCUUUCUCUCACGACAUUUUGAUCGACUUAGAAAAACAAAAAAUUAACUAAAAAAGAAAAAAAUCAUUUUCUGUGUAUGUGAGUCCGUGUGUGUUCCGAGCCCGUUUGUAAAUGACAUUCAAAACAGUUUCACGCUCCGUUACAUUCGAUUUUCACGCAUAAAUUCGUGUCACGAAAUUAUUUCUGUUUCUCGAAACAUUUUUGUUUGUUUUUAAAAUCGCAAAUCUCAAAGAGUCCCGAUGGUGAACGAAAGCAUUCCGAUGGACGACGACAAAAAAAAGAAAAGAAAAGAAAUUAACUUGAAUAUUAUUACAAAAAACAGAAAAAUUGAAAUCGACGACGAUGUAUUUUGUACAUAUGUGAACCAGUGCACUUGUAUAACUUUUGUUCCCGUAUUGUUACAUACACACUGCUAGUUUUUCUUGGAAAACCAA